AUGUCCGUCAUCGCUGUAGCUGGAGGUACUGGCGGCGUUGGUCGUGCCAUUGUUGACGCACUCAAUGGCACAGGCAAGUUCGGAGUGGUCGUUCUAUCUCCUGAAGUCUUGGAGGAGAACAAGAUCGGAACAGUAAUUUCGACACUAGAAAUGAUGACUGGACACGGGCCUGAGGAAGCACUUAUUCGUGCUGCAGACAGGUCGACUGUAACUAAGCGGUACAUUCCGAGCAUUUGGGGCGUGCCUUAUAGCGAAGAAACCAUCAAGGACUUCCCGGCUGCCAAGUUGAAGAUCGACUGCCUUGAAUUACUGAAGGCGUCCUCACUCGAGUACACGGCCAUCUACAACGGCCUAUUCCUUGAUUACUUCGUCGCCCCUGUGGUUCCGACACACCUCGUCCCCCUCGCACUUUUCUUGACAUCACAAACAACGCUGCUGGUAUUCCGGUUCGUGGCGGCCCACGUUGAGAAAGCGAAAUGGGUGCCUGAGGCGUAUAUCCUGGGUGAUAAGGCCACGCCGAAUGAGCUUCUCAAGAUAGCCGAGGAUGCCAAGGGGGCUAAGUUUACCGUCUCUCACGACUCGUUAGAGGAUCUGGCUGCUGGCAAGGUUACUGAGCUCCCAUCACAUCUUCAGGCAUACCAUUUCGUUCCGAAGCCUGCUCUUCAGGGGGUUCUUGCCACCCUGGGACUUAUGGUCGCGAAGGGCCUGUUCAAUUGA